UGCCGGUAAAAUGGGGCAGGGCUAGGGCAGCUUCGUAACGCUUUGCCCAAUCUGGAGCAGUUCAUAUAUGUGAUUGUGAAACAUAGAAAUUACCACUCGAUUAGACCUGGAUUUGACAUUAUGGAUCCCAAUCGGAUAAUUCAAGCCCUGAAAGGGACGAUAGAUCCCAACCUCCGGAUAGCGMCUGAAAACGAACUCAAUCAGUCGUACAAGAUCAUCAACUUCGCCCCCACUCUGCUCCAGAUCAUUGUGUCCGAACAGGUGGAGUUCCCUGUUCGCCAAGCAGCGGCCAUCUACCUAAAGAACAUGGUGAGCCAGUACUGGCAGGACCGCGAGCCCUCUCUAGGGGAGGUGGUGUUCCCCUUCAACAUCCACGAGAACGACCGCACGCAGAUCAGAGACAACAUCGUGGAGGGCAUUAUCCAGUGUCCCGAGUCCAUCCGGGCCCAGUUGACAGUGUGUUUGCGAACCAUCAUAAAGCACGACUUCCCUGGGCGCUGGACGGCCAUAGUGGAUAAGAUCGGCCUGUAUCUGCAGUCUCAGAACAGUGGCAGCUGGUACGGCAGCCUGCUGGCCCUCUACCAGCUGGUCAAGACCUACGAGUAUAAGAAGGCGGAGGAGAGGGACCCGUUGCUAGCAGCCAUGCAGAUCUUCCUGCCCCGUAUACAGCAGCUCGUCACCCAGCUACUGCCUGACGGCACCYUCUUCUCUGUCCUCAUKCAGAAACAGAUCCUCAAGAUCUUCCACGCACUCGUACAGUACUCCCUGCCUCUCCAGCUGAUUAAUAACACAGUCAUUACCCAGUGGAUGGAGCUCCUCAGAGCUGUUAUGGACAGAGAUGUCCCCCCAGAGACGUUGGAGGUGGAUGAGGACGACCGUCCUGACUUGGUGUGGUGGAAGAGUAAGAAGUGGGCCCUACACAUCAUCACCAGACUGUUCGAGAGGUACGGAAGCCCAGGCAACGUGACAAAGGAGUACUUUGAGUUUGCAGACUUUUUCUUGAAGACGUACGCUGUAGGGAUCCAACAGGUCCUGUUGAAGGUGCUGGACCAACACCGACAGAAGCAGUAUGUCACGCCUCACGUCCUCCAGAAGUCUCUUAACUACCUGAACCAGGGCCUGUCUCACUCCCUCACCUGGAAACACAUGAAGCCGCACAUGCAGACCAUCAGCCAYGAGGUGAUCUUCCCUCUGAUGUGUUACAAAGACGAGGAUGAGAAACUGUGGCAGGAGGAUCCAUACGAGUACAUCCGCAUGAAGUUCAAUGUGUAUGAUGACCAUGCCCUCCCUGCCACCGCCGCCCAGAGCCUCCUGUGUAAAGCAGCCCGCAAGAGGAAGGAGGUUCUUCCCCAGAUGAUGGAGUUCUGCCACCAGAUCAUGAUGGAGCCCUCUGCUGACCCCCGCAGGAAGGAUGGGGCGCUGCACGUCAUCGGCUCACUGGCCGAACUCCUACUGAAGAAGAGGGUGUACAGGGAGCAGAUGGAGCUGAUGUUACAGAACUAUGUGUUCCCGCUACUCAACUCCCCUCUGGGAUACCUCCGGGCCAGGUCGUGCUGGGUGCUGCAUUCGUUCAGCCCGCUGCAUUUCCAUAACGAGUUGGUCCUGAGGAAUGCGGUGGAGCUGGUCAAACAGGGCCUCGUAGCAGACAAGGAGAUGCCCGUCAAGGUGGAGGCUGCUAUCGCCUUGCAGACACUGGUCAGCAACCAGGAGCAAGCUAAGGUCUACAUCAGGCCCUACAUCCGACCUGUCAUGCAGGAGCUGCUCCACGUCAUCAAGGAGACGGAGAACGAUGACCUCACUAACGUCAUUCAGAAGAUGAUCUGCGAGUACAACCAGGAAGUGGCUGUCAUCGCCGUCGACAUGACCCAGAACCUGGCUGAGAUCUUCACAAGGUGCUACAGAGUGAAAGAGCAUGAGGAGAGUGAAGACAAGACGGUGAUGGCUCUGGGGAUCCUCAGCAACAUAGAACCAAUACUCACUGUUAUGGAGGACCACAAGGAGAUCACUCAGCAGUUGGAGGGCAUCUGUUUACAGGUGAUAGGCCUGGUGCUGCAGAAGCCCAUCAUAGAGUUCUACGAGGAGAUUCUGUCCCUGGCGUUUGGGCUGACCUGCCAGUCCAUCUCCCCUCAGAUGUGGCAGCUACUGGCGGUGCUCUACGAGGUCUUCCAGCACGACUGCUUUGACUACUUCACGGAUAUGAUGCCUCUUUUGCACAACUACGUUACCGUGGAUACAGACAUGCUCCUGUCCAACCCCAAAUAUUUAGAGGUCAUAUACACCAUGUGCAAAAAGGUGCUGACCAGUGAUGCAGGUGAGGACGCAGAGUGUCACGCUGCUAAGCUGCUAGAGGUCAUCAUCCUCCAGUGUCGGGGGAGGGGCAUCGACCAGUGUAUCCCGUUGUUUGUGGAGGCUGUGUUGGAGCGGCUAACCCGAGGUGUGAAGUCCAGUGAGCUGAGGACCAUGUGUCUGCAGGUGGCCAUCGCUGCUCUCUACUACAACCCAGCCCUGCUCAUCCACACGCUGGACAACAUGCACUUCCCCCACACCCCACAGCCCAUCACCGCUCACUUCAUCAACCAGUGGAUGAAUGAUACGGAGUUCUUCCUGGGGCUCCAUGACCGUAGGAUGUGUAUCAUCGGACUGAGUGUUCUGAUGGAGCUACCCUCCAGGCCAGUGGUGGUAGAGGGGAUAGCGGCUCAGAUUGUCCCCAGCGUCCUGCUCCUCUUCCUGGGGCUCAAACACCUUUACUUCUCCCGCCUCAACAAGCCAGACCUUCUGGCRUGCACUGGGGUACCGGACGAAGACCAGAACGGUGAGAGGGGGAAAACGGGCGACAGAGGAGGAGAGGAGACAGGACAAAUGAGAGGGGAAUGGAGAGAACAGGCAAGAGAGGAGAAGAGAAAAGGAAAGGAGAGAUGCUAAUACUGUUGAAUCAUACCUGCUUCUUGGAAGCCAUUGGGUAGGGCCAGGGAUAAUGUCAAUGGUAGAAGAUUAAGACACUACUAACCCUAUGGAUGUGGUAGGAAUCAGUCCUCAGCUGUUCAUGUGUGUUGCUUUACACAUCUAUGGCCAGGUUUCAACACCUCUGGACCUCUCUAUCUCUCUCUCUCUCGCUUGACUUCUCACUCUGCCUUCAGGUCAUAUUAGUUGCACUACAUUUCCCUACAAGCUGUGCUUGCAUUCCUCAGUCAAGUGUAAAGAACCUGGAGUUCCAGAAUAUUCAAAGUGCUUCUGGGGGUUGUAGUGUUGCUGCAGUCAA